UGUCUCUACUCUCAACAACUUCUGUUUUGGUAAUGCUCAAUUAGCACCAAAGCCAUGCAUGUCAUAAAGGAGAAAACUAUACACGGGAUUGCUCUCUGAUAUUCUUCCCUGUUUACUUGUUUUCUCUUUUUGGGGUUUGUUUUUCCUGGUUUCUUCUGCUUUGGUUCUUUUGUAAAUGAGAGAAAGAGAGGGUGGUGGCUGCUUUUAAGCUUGGGUUUUUUAGAUGGGUGCUCAAGAUUACUGGGACACGGUGCCGCCAACAGUGGCUCCACUGAAUUUAGAAAGGGAAGAGCACUGGAGACGUUUUGACAACUCAGUGAAUGCGGUUUCCUUUGGUUUUGUAGCCACUGCAAUUCUCAUAUCAAUGUUCCUUGUUAUGGCUAUCUUUGAGAGAUUUCUCAGGCCAAGAUCAUUGUCCUCCAAUGCCAGAAACCGCACUGAUCUCGAGUCUCAAACAACUUUCAAUGGCAAGCUUGAUUACCCUUCUCCCAAAAUGACAAUUUAUGCAAAUGGGGUAUCAGUUCUGAUGCCUGGUGAGGAAACCCCUACCUUCAUUGCACAUCCUGCUCCUGCACCAUGUCCGCCGGAGCGCAUCUUGAAGCCUCUGCUUCACCAGAAUCAAAGCAUUGGUGUGUCCUCAACCUCAAGGGCAAGCUGAACAUAGCAUGGCCUGAAAAUAAAGCAGCUGAGUAGUAGAGCACCAGAGUUUUGUUUCACAAAUUCUUUUUAUUGAUGUCAUCUAUUGAAUUCAAGCCCACAACUAGUGAACCCAGAAUGUCACGGGAGGGAAAUGGAGGCCAUGAAAUAUAUGCCUGUUGACAUUUGUAUAUCUGUAUUUGAAGAAAAAUGAAAUGCCGAUAAGCUUCUGAAAACCAUGCUUGGAAGAUUAGAGACUAAAGGAAGAGUGGAUGCUCCAUAUAACUUUAUAGCUAAAAGAAUUUUAGUGCUCCA